UAAGCCUUUCUUUCAAAUUUAAGGUCAAUCGUUAAAAUUUCAUAUUUAAACUUUAAGAAUAACUGGUCGAAGAAGAUGGAGAGGCAUUAUAAAAGAUUGCUUCCUUUUCUUAUUUACUCUUUUUUUUCUUCAUAGAAUUUGAUUUUAAAAAUUGAAUACAUGCAUAGUUAUGGAUUUUACUAAUUGUAUCUUAAAGUUUAAAGGGAAUAUAGGACAUCUACAAGCUCCUCUUCCUCCACACCAAGCCAAUCUUCGUCUUCGACAGUGCCACCCCGCCCCUUACGCGCCACACCAUAGCCUCCCACUGCCACCACCGCGACACUACCCACGCCAAGAUCCAUAAGACCACAGAGAAGCUCCUCCUCGCCUAUAUCUGCCUUCUUUGACCCCCGCCCCUUACUUUCGCUGUCAUCUCGAUGAGAGAUGAUGUGUGCUUUGAUGGGUAGAUUCUUAUUAGUGUUCGGAUUUGACUAUUCAAGGCGAAGAGGCUCAAAGAAUUGGCCGCAAAAAUAAAGAAAGGUCGGGCGAAGAAAAUGUGAAGACGCAAGGACCCGAAGAAAUUUGAUAAAUGGAACUGGAUCCAAUUAGAAAUACAUGAGCAGUAGGAAAAUUCUACUGAUUGCAAGGAAUGAGGGGAAGGAGUGCCGCCAUGACCCCAUGGCUGAUGAUCACGAUACUGCUGUGCACUGCUUGCUAGAGCCCUCGCCAUCAUAUCUGAAGCUCAUUUCCUUCUCCCACUGGGUUUUCCACAUGAGAUCGACAUUGUCUCGGCUCACACAUCGGCAGGUAAGACGGUUGUUGCAUUAUAUGCAAUAGCUAUGUCUUUGCGGGACCAACAACGUGUUAUUUAUACUUCUCCAAUCAAGGCACUGAGCAAUCAAAAGUACAGAGAAUUCAAAGAGGAGUUCUCGGAUGUCGGACUAAUGACCGGGGAUGUAACCAUCGAGCCAAAUGCCUCUUGUUUGGUCAUGACCACUGAAAUCUGGCGUAGUAUGCAAUACAAAGGAUCAGAGAUAAUGCGAGAGGUGGCGUGGAUCAUAUUUGACGAGGUGCACUACAUGCGGGAUAGGGAGAGGGGUGUUGUUUGGGAAGAAAGUAUAGUAAUGGCUCCUAAGAAUUCCCGAUUUGUAUUUCUCUCGGCUACAGUUCCCAAUGCUAAGGAGUUUGCUGAUUGGGUUGCGAAGGUACAUCAGCAACCUUGCCACAUAGUUUAUACCGACUAUCGACCUACACCACUUCAGCAUUACAUUUUCCCUUGUGGGGGUGAUGGCUUAUACUUGGUAGUGGACGAGAAGGGGAAAUUUAGAGAGGACAGUUUUCAAAAAGCUCUAAAUGCUCUUGUUCCCGCGGGUGAAGGAGAUAAGAAGAGGCAGAACGGGAAAUGGCAGAAGGGAAUAUUGGCUGGUAAACCUAGCGAAGAGAGCGACAUAUUUAAAAUGGUGAAGAUGAUAAUCCAACGCCAAUAUGAUCCAGUGAUACUUUUCAGCUUUAGCAAAAGGGAAUGCGAAUUUCUUGCAAUGCAGAUGGCAAAAAUGGACUUAAAUGAAGAGGAUGAAAAAGUGAAUAUUGAGACAAUUUUCUGGAGUGCAAUGGAUUUGCUUUCUGAUGAUGACAAGAAACUUCCCCAGGUUUCAAAUAUGCUGCCCUUGCUAAAACGUGGAAUAGGUGUUCACCAUUCUGGUCUACUUCCUAUCCUAAAGGAAGUGAUUGAGAUAUUAUUCCAAGAGGGCCUCAUCAAGUGUUUGUUUGCCACAGAAACUUUCAGUAUUGGUUUGAACAUGCCUGCAAAGACUGUUGUAUUUACCAAUGUACGUAAAUUUGAUGGGGAUAAAUUCAGAUGGAUAUCAAGUGGAGAGUACAUUCAGAUGAGUGGGCGUGCUGGCCGUAGGGGUAUCGAUCAGCGCGGCAUUUGCAUUUUGAUGGUGGAUGAGAAAAUGGAGCCAUCGACUGCAAAAAUGAUGCUUAAAGGAAGUGCUGAUUCUUUGAACAGUGCUUUCCACCUAAGUUACAACAUGCUGUUGAAUCAAAUGCGAUGUGAGGAUGGUGAUCCCGAAAAACUUCUCCGUCAUUCUUUUUACCAAUUUCAAGCUGAUCGGGCCCUUCCUGAUCUAGAGAAAAAAGUCAAGGAAUUGGAGAUGGAGAGAGAUUCAAUGGUUAUCGAAGAGGAGGAUAGUCUUAAGGACUAUUAUGAUCUCUUGCAACAGUACAAGAGCUUAAAGAAAGAUGUGCAUGACAUAGUCUUUUCGCCAAAGUACUGUUUGCCCUUCUUGCAGCCUGGAAGACUUGUGCGUAUCCUGUACCCUAGUGAUGAUAAUGCCCCAUGCUUCUCCCCCGAGGACCAAACUACCUGGGGAGUAAUAAUUAACUUUGAGAGGGUGAAAGGCCAAGGUGAAGAUAGAAGGCCAGAAGAAAGUAAUUAUACGGUUGAUAUCCUCACAAGAUGUUCUGUGGAUAAAGAAGUUGGUGUGAAGAAAGCAACGAAGAUUGUUCCUGUAAAUGAGCAUGGAGAACCUCUUGUGGUUUCAUUACCUCUUUCCCAGGUUGACAACCUAAGCAGUAUCCGUCUAUUCAUUCCAAAGGAUCUUUUGCCAUUAGAAGCUCGAGAGAAUACUCUCAAAAAGGUUUCGGAGGUGCUUUCUAGGUUUGCUAAAGAUGGCAUUCCUCUCUUGGAUCCUGAAGAGGAUAUGAAAGUGCAAUCUAAUUCAUUUAAAAAAGCUGCGAGACGAAUAGAAGCUCUUGAGAGCUUAUUUGAUAGGCAUGAGAUGCGGAACUCCCCACUUAUUAAAGAGAAGCUGAAAGUUCUGCAUGCUAAGCAGGAAUUGUCAGCUAGAAUUAAAUCUAUAAAAAAAACAAUGCGAUCUUCCACAGCAUUAGCCUUCAAAGAUGAGCUCAAGGCGCGGAAACGGGUUCUCCGUAGGCUGGGAUAUAUUACAAGUGAGGAUGUCGUAGAGUUGAAGGGAAAAGUGGCAUGCGAGAUAAGCACCGCCGAUGAGUUAACAUUGACAGAGCUUAUGUUCAGCGGCGCACUGAAGGAUGUAACAGUCGAGGAGAUGGUGGCUCUUCUUUCAUGCUUUGUUUGGCAGGAGAAGCUUCAGGAUGCCCAGAAGCCGAGGGAGGAGCUUGAUUUGCUGUUCUCUCAAUUGCAGGAUACAGCGAGAAGGGUUGCUAAUAUUCAGCUCGAAUGCAAGGUUCAAAUUGAUGUGGAGAACUUUGUUAAUUCUUUCCGUCCGGACAUCAUGGAAGCUGUUUAUUCAUGGGCGAAAGGAUCCAAGUUCUAUGAGAUAAUGGAGAUCACCCCAGUAUUCGAAGGUAGCUUAAUCAGAGCUAUCAGAAGGUUGGAGGAAGUUCUCCAACAGCUAAUUUUGGCAUCAAAAUCCAUUGGGGAGACUCAGUUAGAAUCUAAGUUCGAAGAAGCUGUUUCUAAGAUCAAGAGAGAUAUCGUUUUCGCCGCUUCUCUGUAUUUAUAGUUUGGGCGCCAUUUUGGUGGAUUCUGCUACCGCACCGUCCGAGUGGAAAUUGCAGCUGCAGAAAAGAGGGAUUCAAAUUCUUUAUACACAACGCAGGCGGGGGACAAGUAAUCGCAAUGUGGAAGAUCCACCACAAUUAACUUUAUUGAUUUGCCAUUUUCUCCCGUACCUUAUUGAUAAUUUUGGUAAAGAAAGAAAAUCUGUAACGGCUUUGCAUGUUUCUCAGAUGCUUCUUAGGUAGGAAUGCGAGAGUAUAGUGAUUGUAAUUCUUUGUUUUUUUCUCUUUUCCAAAGAAAAAGAUGUAGUAAGAACAAUAUAUUUAUGCCGGAAAUUUGUAAUGUUAGUUACAAGGUAAUAUAUGUGGCGGCAAAAACCGUACGGAGCAAUGCAAUCUAAAUCCUCGUGGUGAAGGCUUUUGAAACAGAUUCUCUACUUCCAAAACCAGCAUCUGAUAGCUUGGCAAUAUGGAAUUCUUGUUUCGGCAUAAAGCUUAAAUGAGCUUCUCUCGACCCUAAAGGUAAGCUUCGACUGGAGCCAACACCCUUCUUUCGUUUCAGUUUCGUUAACCUUUCAGCUUUAGAUGUGAUAUCUUUACCUGCUGUUGCAAUGCCACAGUAUAUCGAAUAAUUGUCACGUUUCGACCGAUCAUACAAUCGAACAAGCAUAUAUGUUCUUUGUAGGACAGUUUUAUCUCCUUCAA